AUGGUUCGUGUACCAUUGUAUGGUAUUUUCAAUGAAAGUUACAUUUCUUUGGGGGUAAUGCCGGGUUUAAUAUAUGGUUUUUCUGUUUACCUUCCGGUAACUAUUGUCUUUGGACAAUUUUUGAUAGCAUUAAAUAGAUUUUUUAUGAUUAAAUUUCCAUUUACUUAUACAAAAUUUGUUAAUCUUCGUGUGAUGAUUGUUAGUAUUAUAUGCCAAUUUUUGUUACCAAGUAUUCUUUUGAUUUGGAGUUUUAAUCAAAAUAUACAGGCAAAUUAUACAUAUGAUAAUUCGAGUACAGUAAUUGAAUCAACUGAUAUGAAUUAUACAAUGAAUUCUGUCUUAAUUUGCAUUAUUAUGUGUGUCUUUUGGUCAAUUGUUAAUGUAAUAUUAUCAGCUUUAAGUAUUUAUUUUUUAACAAGAGUUAACAAAAAAAUGAAUGAAAAAUCAAAGGAAAAACCACUAUUAACACAUUCAUGUAUUCAAACAACAGCACAAACUUUCUUAGCAAUUGUCGCUUCUCUUCAAUAUAUUUCAUUUAUCACCGGUGAUCAAAUUAUGGAAAAAAUUGCUAUGCAUUUAUAUCCAUUUGCAGAAGAUGCUGUUAGCUUAUCCUCAGCAAUAGUAUUAUUCUGUGUUUGUAAACAGGUACGAGAACAUUUUCUUGAUUUUUACCAUCUUAAAUGGUUAUGGGAUAAAUAUGAAAAUAAAUUUACCAACAAUACAAAACAAACAAUUAAAGCUUCUGCUAAUAGUAUAGAUUUAGUUUAA